UUGGGUGGCGAGGGGCGACGGGAGGCUUCCUUCCCUACGGAAGCGGCAUUAAAACUUUUGAGUGAUUUCGCUCAGUCAAACGCUGCAAGACGGGCGAGUCCGGCCGGGACGUUCGAUAGUAACGUUCGUCCGAGACUGUCUGAAGGCAUGGUGUCCUCGUGCGGGACGGAUGUGGAGAUGGGUCGAGUAGGAACGAGUGCUUCACUAAUUUGUGACCAGUCGCUCGAUUCAGGAAUUAUAGUUUCAUCUGCGUUAGUAAAUUCCCUCGUCGGAUUUUACGUGUUGUUAUGCAAAUCGUCUGUCUAUUGUGUCAAUAGCGUUAUAGAUUCUUGUCUGUUAUCCUAA